GUUCGUUUAGGGACGUAAGAUGACGUCACUCGUGCCCCUCUCGUCUGCUUCCCUGAGCGCUCACAGGACGAGCACACAUACCGACCCCAACACCGGGGAAACUUUCACUAACUUCAUCUGAUCGAACCCUAACCUCCAGAUGUUUCUCCCCGUUUCAUUAAGAGCUGGCGCUGGGGGCUUCGGUUGAUUGUGACGGUCGCUGAACACUUUUGGAAGGUUUUUGAUCUCUUCUUUCUGUGGGGUCAGUAACCUGUGAACACAGCACAAAAAGGAUUUACCGCAAACUGGGAUUUAUCUGUGCUGGCGUUAUAACAGCAUUGUCGCCAGUAGAGGCUUCAAGGAUUUUGCUUCUUCUUAUUUUCAAACAAGGGCUUCAAAAGUAAGUUUCUUUCUGUAACGAAAGGAGAAGGCCAGGAUCCACCUGCUGCAAGGAAAGUCCAGGCGCCAAGGGUCUUGACCAUCUGCCCUGAGGAGUCAAGGAGAGAAGGAGUAAGGAAGGAAGAUAGGAAGAAAGGAGCUCGUCUUGUUAGCCCUCGGCCUCCUACUGAAUGCAAAUGUACGCAGAGAAAGUUGUGACAGAGGGGAAGAUGGGGAGCAGGGGAAUCUCUCUGACCUGUGUGUUAACCCCUUGUCGUGUCAUUGGGGUGUGUGUGGUGCUGAUGACCCUGGGAGCCAUUGGAGCAGCCGUCUGGGCCGUAGUUUCAUAUUGCACAAUGGAGGAAGACACAGGACUGUAUGAUGUCCAGGUUAAUUCUGCAGACCAACAUCUCCGAGUGUUUGAUUCUGCUCAGAGGAGGUGGCGUCAAGUGUGUUCCUCCUCAGCCAAUGAGCUGCUCGCUAGCAUCAGCUGUGAAGAAGUGGGCUUUGUCAGUGUGGUGAAUUACUCCGCUACAUUGGUGCCAGAGGCUAGUGGAGAUGGUGGCGAGUUCUUCUGCGUCAAAGAGAAAGAGCUCAGCUACGGCAAGAGAAUCAAGGACUCAUUGUUCCCAUGUGACUGUGAGAGCAGAGAGGUCCUCACACUGCUGUGCCAAGACUGCGGCAGACGGAGUUUUGCAGCAGAUCGUAUAGUUAAUGGUGUGGAUGCCAGGCAGGGCAGCUGGCCAUGGCAGGUGAGCUUGCAGUAUGAUGGAGUUCAUCAGUGCGGAGGAUCGAUCAUCUCAGACCGCUGGAUUGUCUCUGCAGCUCACUGCUUCCCAGAGCGCAACCGCUUUGUGAACCGGUGGCGUGUGCUGCUGGGCUCCAUCUAUAAUAACCCAGGCAAUGGUAACUUAGCGGAAGUGAAGACCAUUGUUUACCACAGCAGCUACCUGCCCUUCGUGGAUCCGAACAUCGAUGACAACAGCAGGGACAUCGCUGUUCUGGCCCUCGCACAGCCCCUCAUUUUCAACGAAUACAUCCAGCCUGUUUGCCUGCCAGCGUACGGUCAAAGACUGGUGGACGGACAGAUGGGAACAGUUACAGGCUGGGGGAAUGUAGGAUACUACGGUCAACAAGCUCACGUUCUUCAGGAAGCACACAUCCCCAUCAUCAGUGACAACGUCUGUAACGGUCCUGAUUAUUACGACAACCAGAUCACCACCAGCAUGUUCUGUGCGGGUUAUGAGAAAGGAGGCAUCGACUCCUGUCAGGGAGACAGUGGUGGUCCGUUUGUAGCAGACGACUGUCUGUCGAAGACGAGUCGGUAUCGUCUGCUCGGGGUGGUGAGCUGGGGAACCGGCUGUGCCAUGGCUAAGAAACCUGGAGUCUACACCAGGGUUUCCCGAUUUCUGCCCUGGAUAUCCACGGCAAUGAGGAACUAUAACAACUCACCAGGACUUCACAAAAUGGCCCGAACAUGAGAUUCCUGCUCUCAGCUUCUUACUUUUUACUCUUGGAUGUCUACAUUGGAAGACUGAGUCGACGUCAUCAAGGACUGCUUGACAGAGGAUUGAAACACUGUGAUGUUCCCCUAAUAUCAUGGAUUAUCUUACCUUUAGCCUUUUCCAGUGAGGUCUUUAUCACUUUCUGAAUCUCACAUUGUGAAAUGUCGACCAAAACCAUAGCUGCUAAUGAGAUACUCUGUAUCUUUACAGAGACGAUAGCUCUCUAAAUAUGAGUUAUUAAGGUGACUGACUUUGUUAUUAAAAAGUCAAACUUUUUAUGAAUGGGAAAAAUGUUGUAAUGUUUCCGUUAAUUUACUGAAUUAAGAUGGCAUUACUCAUCUCCGCUGCUUCCAAGUUACCAGAAAUCAAGUUAAAAAUAAGCAUUUGAAAUUGUGAGUCAUUAAAUAUUGUAAACGUUGGUUCCUUUGGCAUAGGAAAUGUCAUUAGUGAGAUUUAUAUAGUAAUCACAGUGCUUCUUGCAACACAGGAUGUUCUAGUGCCCUUUACUCUAACAGUGUGCAACACUUACACAUAACAGACACACACAUACAGCCACUGAAACAUAUCUUGAUAAGCAUUAUUUUGUAAAAUUACCACACCCAUCAAACAUAUCAACACAAGUGUUUUGAGCAAACAUUACUAUUGUAUUUGAAAGCGUCUCAUCAUCCAAACAUGUUCUGUCUCAACACGAGAGGAUGAUACUUGAUUUCAAUAAUAUUGAAAUCAGCUUUUUGUUGUCUUGUAAAUAUUUGUCAAUGUGUAGAUUUUUAUUGAGACAUGUUUCAUGUUUCUUCAUGAUCCAAAGAUUCUUGAGUCAGAGGUUUGAUAGCAAUCAGGAUUUCCUCAAAUAUAUCUAAAUAUGUAUUGAUUACGAAAUGUCAAGUGCUGACAAUGUUUCAUAUCCUUUACUGUCAUGAGUGUGUAAACUCAAUACUGUCGAAAAAUUCUGAACUGUCAUUUAAAACACAACAGAAAAGCAAACUCUGCAAACAAGCCUAUUUUUUUUUUAUUUUUUAGCUGCUUUCACAGUGUCGCCUGAACAAAAUCUGAUCUCACCACAGCUAAACAUUUCACAAGCAAACACAAAUCAUUAAUCAGUUAUAAUAACACAACCCAGAUACAUUACCAAAAAGAAAAAGUUGAGUAUGACACUGAAUCUGUAGCUGCACCGGGCUAAAGCAAAGGAUGAUGUCAUGAGAAGUGCCUUCAUAAAGUCCAUUAACAUUCACCGCCAGUUCCCCCUUUGAAAUGAAACCACUGUUUGUACAUUUAUAUUAAAAAUAAUGUGAACAAGGAAAAGAUAUAUUGUAUAAUGUGAAAUGUUGCAUUGAGUGUACUGAAAUAAAGACUUAAUUGAGAAUCACUCUGAAUAAUAUAUGAAUACUUAAAUUAGAGCUGUCAAACUGUCUUGGUUUGGGAAUCAGAUGAAUGCAAUGACGUGUUCUUUCAAAUCUAGACUUUUGGAUUUAUUAUUGAAAUAAAUGCUGCAUUGCUACACUUCA